CUUAUAAAAACAGCACGGAAGACAUGCAUCAGUUUAGCACAGAAAUGCAGGAGAACAUGUGUGUGAAACUGGAGUUGUGUUGGUUAAAAACGUAAAGAGAGAUGCAGUGCCUGUCCAGAUCACAGAAACAGAGCCAAGUUUACAUGGGAUCCCACUGACACAGGAAAGGUUUCCACUUUUCAGCCAGAGGAGGAUCUCUACACGUCAACAUGUCUCACCGCGGACCUUUAACCGCUGUCAUAACAACCGUAUUAGGGGUGACUUUAGGGGGUCUGCUCGUAUGGAGAGUUUACCGCACAAAGAGGAGGAGGCUGCCUUCCGUCCAGAAGGUGGCCGAUCCUGUGGAGCCUCUCUGUCCUGCAGAGAAGGAAAUUAAGGCUGUGGAGACUCUAAACACCCCCCCACCGCCCCCCCAACAUCCUCCAGAGGAGGAGUUCAAGGCAGUGGAGAAUCAGACCACGCAGCCGACCGACCCCUUCAGGAUCCCGUCCUCCGAGCAGCUGCUGACGGUGAAUCCGGUGACUGUGAGCUCGGAGGAGGAGUGGCUGCAGAUCUGGCCGCUGAUGCAGAAGGAGCUGACGGGGUUUCCUGUUCUGGGGCUCGACUGUGAAUGGGUAAAGGCCGACGGCGUGUCGGUGAAGGGCCGCUCCACCUCGGUGUCUCUGCUGCAGAUGGCCACGUACUCCGGUCUGUGCGUCCUCGUGAGGCUGCUGGCGUUUCGCAGCGGGCAGCAGAGCUUCCCUCUCAGCCUGAUGGAGGUCCUCAGAGACCCCCACGUAUUAAAAGUCGGCGUCGGCUGCUAUGAAGAUGGCAAACGUCUGACGCGAGACUACGGGCUGUCGCUGAGCUGCACGGUGGACCUGAGAUACCUCGCCUUAAGACAGAGGCAGGUGACGGUGAGCAACGGCCUGAGUCUGAAGUCUCUGGCGGAGGAUCUGCUGAACGUGUCUCUGGAUAAAUCUCUGGAGCUGCGCUGCAGCGACUGGGAGGCAGAGAGACUGACGCUGCAGCAGAUAACGUACGCUGCGCGGGACGCCCAGGUGUCCAUCGCUCUCUUCCUGCACCUCCUGGGCCUGGACUCUGCAUCGGGACUCCAGUGCUCCAGCGAGAGCUCGUACUCUGAGCUGGCGUCUCGCUGCCAGGGUCUGCUGGACGUGUCCUUCAGGGGCCGAGGAGACUCUGAGGAUAAGGAAGGAGAGAAGAGGAGGAGGACGCGGACAACGCCCACUUUUGAAAGCCCGGAGUCUGGAGAUCAGCAAGUCCCAGACCCCCGGAAGAACAACAAGAGGAAACCGCUGGGUGUGGGCUACUCCGCCAGGAAGUCUCCUCUCUACGAUAACUGCUUCCUCCACGCUCCUGACGGCCAGCCGCUGUGCACCUGCGACAAGAAGAAAGCCAAAUGGUACCUAGAUAAAGGAAUAGGAGUGCUGCAGAGUGAAGAGCCGUUCGUGGUGCGUUUGCUGUUCGAGCCGUCGGGACGUCCCGACUCUCAGCAGGAUUAUUAUCUGACGGCCAGGGAGAACCUCUGCGUGGUCUGUGGGAAGGCAGACUCCUACAUCAGGAAGAACAUCGUGCCUCAUGAGUACCGCCGGCACUUCCCCACGGAGAUGAAGGACCACAACUCCCACGACAUCUUGCUGCUGUGCACCUGCUGCCACGCCGCCUCCAACGUGCACGACGGCUUCCUGAAGCAGCGACUCGCCAACGAGUUCUCUGCGCCGCAGGGCUGCGAGGAGGGGGUCCGUCUGCUGGAGGACUCGGACCGGAGGAGGGUUCGCUCUGCGGCCCGAGCGUUGCUGACGGCCGGAGACGCUCUGCCGGAGCCGAGGAGGCACGAGCUGCAGGACGUCAUCAGAGGGUUCCUGCAGAGCCACGAGGAACAGCAGCUGACCGAGGAGCAGCUGCAGCAGGCCGCCGGGCUGGAGUUCAGGAUCUUCAACGAGGCGUACGUGCCUCACGGUCUGAAGGUGGUGCGGGCGUCAGCUGAUCGGGGUCUCCAGGGCCUCAUGGAGCUGGAGCGCCGCUGGAGGCAGCACUUCCUGAAGGCCAUGCAGCCGAGACACCUCCCCCCGCUGUGGGCCGUGGACCACAACCACAGAAAGUUCCUCCGCAAGUACGGAGAGGACCUGCCCAUCAAACUCAACUGAGCCUGAACGCAGCGUCCGGAGAGUAUCACACGCCAAAUCGCUUUUCUUUUCUUUCUCAGUGAGAUAAAAUGACUAAUCCACCAGCCGAGACUGAAGCGUUGCCAGCCAUGAGGAGUGUGUGUGUGUAAAUACACUCUUAUCUGCGGCUAUUCUUAGUGCCGGUUGUAUCCUGAAGAACUUUAAGACUAAAAAAGAAAAUCUAAAAAUCGAUAUCACGUGACUGCAAACGGACACUUUUUAUCAUGAAUAAUGUAUGGUUUAUUUAUGGGAAUAGCUAUAAAUGUAUGCACUGAUUUUUAGAAGAAGCUGCUUCCUGCUCUUAAUGUCCCGCCUAAAUUCAACCCCCCUCCCUCCCCUCCCCCCUGCAGGUUAGCAGCUUUAUGACCUUUAAAUGAUGAAACGCUCCGCCUUGCUUUCUGUUCUCACUCUGUCUGUUUUAAGUCAGUAGAUGAACUCCCUGAGAUAUGAGAAGGGUUUCCUCGAGGUGCCAGUUUAUGCAGGGGGGGGGGGGGGGUGCAAAGUUGGCUCGUUUAUUUGCUCAAUUAACCUCCAGAUGUCAUCGUGGUGCAGCUGAGGCUCUACAGUCGGGACGUCUUCUGGUUCAUGUUUUAAUGAACCUCUUAAUCCCAAACACUGGAGUCUCAUCGCAGCUUCGAACAUCUUCAAUAAAACCAGACGUCAAUUUACAGAAUCCAAACUACACUACAGUGGAAAAAAGAAAAAGUGCCAACUUUAAUUAUGUGAGUAAAGUAAUCCUUAACUUCCCCCUGCGCCUGUAGCAAGGUGGACGAUCUGGAGCGUGAUGAAUGAAUAUAAAGUGCAGCUGCUUCGUCUUUAGUCGUAUUGUCUGGAUGUAAAGCCCGAAGCUGUUCUGUUUUCCUAAUUUGUGAAUGAUACAAAAAAUAAAGUCUUGUUUGUAUUAA